GUUUCAUUGCGUGUAAGGAUGCAAAGUUCCGAACUUUUUUUUUUCGAAAAUUGUAAAGAUUUGAAAUUUAGGGCAAAAUUGGAUUUUGGGGAUAAACUAAUAACUAUCGCGGAUAAUCCGCGACUACCCCAAGCCGUCGGAGAGAGCUACGGAGACACAGAUAAUGAUAGAUAGAGAGAGAAGAAGAAGCUGUGGAAAUGAUCCAUUGAUUUUUUUUCUUAUUUUGUUCUUCUUCUUCAGUCAACCAGUGAAUCCCCCAAUCUUCUAAUUUGGGUUUCUCGAAUCACUAAUUUAGACUCACCGCAGAUUCUCUCUAGUUUUGAGGAUGAAACCCUCUAAGAUUGAAGCAGAGCCUGUGAAGGGAGAAUUGGAAUCUAGGGGACGUAAGCUACACUUUGUAAUCGAUGAAGUCCCAAAAGGGAAACUGGAAGAAGAAGCAUACGAAUUCUGGGUUAGUCGCUGUAGCAGUGGAUAAAGACAAAGGAAGCCAACAUGCUCUCAAAUGGGCAGCUGAUCAUCUCGUCUCCAAAGGACAAACCAUCAUCCUCCUCCAUGUUAUCCUUGGAUCAUCAUCUGAUUCAGAGACUGACUUUGUGUUUGCAGUUGAGGUUAAUGCGGAGAAGCAUGAGCAAGCCGAAAACCUUUUCGUGACGUUCCAUUGCUAUUGCAGCCGAAAAGAGAUACAAUGCCUUGACGUCAAGAUUGAGGAUGACAACAUUGUCAAGGCCCUUUCCGAAUAUGUUUCCUCUGGGGUGAUUGAGAAUUUGGUUCUUGGUGCUCCUUCGAGGCAUGGAUUCAUGAGAAAAUUCAAGAUGUCUGAUACACCGAGCCAUGUAGCGAAAGCAGCACCUGAUUUCUGUACAGUUUAUGUCAUUUCGAAAGGGAAGAUAUCAUCUGUCCGCAAUGCCACGCGAACUGCUCCUUAUCGGUCUCCGCUUAUGGGUCAGAUUGAGAAUCAUUCUGCAGUCUCUAACUACGAGAGGUUCAGGAACACCAUGAGCUUUAGAGAUAGGACUCCGGCAAGGCCUUCCGUUUCUAGCUCCAUUGAAGAUUAUGGAAAGUCACAUAUACCGAGGGCAUCAAACUACGCAAAGCCAUUCUAUGAUUUAUCAGACUCGGAAAACGACAUAUCAUACGUUUGCUCAGGCAGGCCAAGUACCGCGAGCUCAGGCCGGCCAAGUACCGCAAGCUCAGGCAGGCCAAGUACAAGCACUAACGAAAGGUCUGAAAUAUCCUUUGUGAGCUCAGGCAGGCCGAGUACAAGCACUAACGGAAACCCUUCCUAUGUCUAUGAGUUUCCUGAUUCUGGUUUUACCCCGAGAUCGUCGACGGGCUCUGGACAAAGCGUUGGCUCUAUGCGUCUAGGAAUCAGGUUUAAUGACACCAAUAUCCAACAUGAUUUCUCAUUCGUCUCACAAGAUAGCGGUCGGUCAUCUUGUUCUUGUUCACCACAAAACUUGGAAGAAGUGGAAGCUGAGAUGCGGAGAUUGAAACAGGAACUGAAGCACACGGUUGACAUGUAUGGACUAGCUUGCAGAGAAGCACUAGCAGCAAAGCAAGAGGCCAAGGAGCUCCAACGUCAGAAAAUGCAAGAGGAAGAAUGGGGGCAAGAAGGGAAGCUAUCAGAGAAAGCUAUAAAGUCGAUAGUUGAAAAAGAGAGAGCAAACAAAGCUGCUAUAGAUGCUUCUGAAACAACAAGCAAGAUCAAACAGCUCGAAACACAAAGAAAAGCCAUAGAAGCUGGAGGUUCUUUCUCUGAUUCCCAUCUAAGUUAUCGGAGGUACGUUAUUGGUGAGAUUGAAGAAGCCACUAACUCAUUCCACAAGGCUAAUAAGAUAGGCGAAGGUGGAUAUGGUCCGGUUUUCAAGGGUCACCUUGAUCAUACCCCUGUUGCUGUUAAGGUUUUGAGGCCAGAUGCAGCUCAAGGAAGAUCUCAAUUUCAGAGAGAGGUAAGCAUAGAUAACCUUGAAAAAGAAUCCGACUUUGGUUUAGAUGUGGACCGACCAUUUGAAAAACUGUUGCAGGUAGAAGUUCUAUGCCGCAUAAGACAUCCACAUAUGGUGCUACUUAUUGGAGCAUGUCCAGAGUAUGGAGUACUUGUUUAUGAGUAUAUGGCCAAGGGGAGUUUAGCUGAGAGGCUCUAUAGGAACGGAAACUCGCCACCACUCUCGUGGGAGCUCAGGUUCCGGAUUGCAGCCGAAGUUGCGACGGGUCUGCUCUUCCUUCACCAGACGAAACCUGAGCCUAUAGUGCACCGUGAUCUGAAACCCGGAAACAUUUUGAUCGACCAGAACUACGUAAGCAAAAUCGGGGAUGUAGGGUUAUCAAAACUAGUGCCUGCGGUUGCUGAAAACGUCACGCAGUGCCACGUCACAGCAACCGCUGGGACGUUCUGUUACAUUGACCCGGAGUACCAACAAACCGGAAUGCUAGGUGUGAAAUCUGAUGUCUACUCCUUCGGUAUCUUGCUUCUCGAGCUGCUCACAGCGAGAAGGCCGACCGGUUUGGCUUACUUGGUUGAGCUAGCGAUGGAGCAAGGGACAUUCAAGGAGAUGUUAGACCCAGCGGUUCCUAAUUGGCCUGUGGAAGAAGCUUUGUCUUUGGCAAAGAUUGCACUUAGAUGUGCACAGCUGCGAAGAAAAGACCGACCAGACCUUGGAAAAGAGGUUUUACCAGUGCUCAAUAGACUGAGAUCUCUUGCAGAUUCGAACAUGGAGUGGAUUUUGUUCAACUGUAGUAGAGGCCCGUCACCAAAACAUAGCUCAGUCUCCUUGCCAACAGUGGAUGAAAUGAGUGUAACCUCGGAUGAUGACUCGAUUACAUAUUCAGCUACUUUAUCGGAGCCGGAGAAGAAUUUAGCCGAAUCUCGCAAAACGCAACUUCAGAACAGAAAUUAUAUUGAAGCUAAGGACGAUGGUGCAAAAGGCACACAAUGGGCUGUUCUAAUCGCUGGAUCAAAUGAUUAUUAUAACUACAGGCAUCAGGCUGACAUAUGCCAUGCAUAUCAGAUACUGAAGAAAGGCGGUUUAAAAGAUGAAAACAUAAUCGUGUUUAUGUAUGAUGAUAUCGCGUUUCACGAAGAGAAUCCAAGGCCUGGAGUUAUCAUCAAUAAACCUGAUGGUGACGAUGUUUAUGAAGGAGUUCUUAAGGACUACACAGGAGAAGCUGUGAAUGCUAAGAACUUCUUGAAUGUGUUACUUGGAAAUGAAAGAGGCAUCAGAGGAGGAAAUGGCAAAGUUUUGAAGAGUGGUCCUAAUGAUCAUGUCUUCAUCUACUAUGCUGAUCAUGGAGCUCCAGGGUUACUAGGGAUGCCCGAUGGAAAAGAUCUCCACGCAAAUGAUUUCAUUGAAGUCUUGGAGAAGAUGCAUCAGCUAAAAAGCUACAAGAAGAUGGUGAUUUAUGUUGAAGCAUGUGAAUCUGGAAGUAUGUUUGAAGGUCUGUUAAAGAAGAAUCUCAAUAUAUACGCAGUGACUGCUGCUAAUGCGAAAGAGAGCAGUUAUGCGGUUUACUGUUCUCCAUCUGAUCCAUAUCCUCCUUCUCCUCCCGAGUAUGAUGGUACUUGUCUCGGCGACGUAUUUAGCGUCUCUUGGCUUGAGGACAGCGAGCUUCAUGACAUGAGCAAAGAGACUUUGAAGCAGCAAUACCAAGUGGUAAAGAGAAGAACAGGAACUGAUACUGGAGCACCAGAUGGUCAAGAUUGGACUUCUCAUGUUACUCGUUUCGGAGCACAGGAGCUUCUUCAAGACUAUCUUGUCUCUUACAUUGGAAACAAUCCUGAAAACAAGAACUUCACUCUCGCUAGAUUCACUUCUUCACCAAUCUCUAAUUCAAGCUUCGUCAAUUCCCGCGAUAUCCCUCUGUUAUAUCUCCAGAAAAAGAUUCAAAAAUAUCCAGUGGAGUCGCCUCAAAGACAAGAUGCUGAGAAGAAGCUGUUUGACAAAAUGAAUCAUAGGAAACAAAUCGAUCAGAACAUUAAAGAGAUUCUGCGACUUUCGGUUAAACAAACCAAUGUCUUAAAUCUCUUAAGUUCCACAAGAACAACAGGACAGCCUCUUGUAGACGAUUGGGAUUGCUUCAGGACUCUGAUUAAUAGCUUCAAGAAUUACUGCGGAGCAACAGUGGAUUACGGAUUGAAGUACACAGGAGCGCUUGCCAAUAUCUGCAAUAUGGGAGUGGAUGUGAAGCAAACUGUUUCAACCAUGAAACAAGCUUGUUCCAACAAAUGAUGUGCAAAAAAAAAAACAUAUCUAUGCAAAUUAAUGUGAUCGAUUCAGAAUUAUGAAAGUUAUUCCAUAACAUUGUGAUGUGGAGAUGGUUGAUGCCUAUUUUUAUAUAAAAAGUUUUAAUUGAUAACGCGAAAGUCUUGGUCUUAAUUUGUGAAUUGGAAUUACCUGAAGCCUUUAAACACACCCUUCUUUGAA